AUGAUAAAAAAGAACAUUACUGGCAUAACAAGAAAUUAUCGUGAUGCGGGUGAAACAUCAAGUAGAGCAACUGUUACCUCUACAAAUGUGCUUCCAGAAAUAGACAUUCCUGAAGACCUUUCGUUAAUGGAUAUUUAUGAAGAACCAAUGCAGAUUGAUAGCUCAGACAAUGAUUCUGCCAUUUCUAAUGAUUCUUCCAUUUCUUCAUAUCAAAAUGAUUUUAGUUUCAUUACUAAAAAAGCUAAAAAAGGCAAGAAACCGGUUGGAAAUGGAGAAAGGAGGAGCUCACAAAAUAUUACUUUCGUAGAGAAUUUAUUCUCUGACGAAGAAGAAAAUGUUGUUGAAGACCUAUCAGAUGUUGAAGACAAAGAAUUAUCAGAUCAAGAUAUUGACUUUAACGCACCAGAAAAUCUUAUAAAUGAAACGGAACAGCCUAUCGGUCCUAUAGAUGUCCUUAAAGUGCAAUUUAUCCGGUAUCUCUUAAUUCUUCAUGAUGAAAAUACAUACUCCUCCUCUCCUUCAACAUUGAAUAUAGCAUGUAAAAAUCUCGGCGUCUGUGCCCAUAUGAUUAAAUAUGCAACAUGUGAACAAUGUUGCAAACUAUAUAAUACAGCCGAUGUGUCAACCGAAAAAGCAAAUAUGGCUCCUAAAGUUACCCAAUGCACCUUCCAAGAAUUUCUGAAUCACCCAAUGGCCAAUUAUAGAUGCCCCUGCAAUUAUCAUGUUGCAAAAAAAGUGCCUGUAACUAAAGGAGUCAUAUAUAGACUAUCGUUAAUCUAUCCAACGGUUUCUUUAAAACACCAAUUUCAAUUGUUGUUCAACCGGAAAGAAUUCGAAGCAUCAUAUGUUGAAUUAGCAAAUACACAUGAAAGCUCUACUAGCAAAUUUAUCAGAGCCGCAGUUAUUUGUUGUUCUUGUGACAUCCCCGCCGCAAGAAAAUUAUGUGGACAUAUAUCAGCCUGGAUUGCUUAUCAUCAGUGCCUAAAACGGGCCAAUUUUGAUGAAAGGAAUCAGCCCAACUUUGGUGGAUUUGCCGAUAUGAGUCAAUGGUUCGUUGAAAGAGAUAUUGAGGAAAUUCGUCAAAACACCAUCACGUGGAAGGAUUGUAAUACUGAAGAUGCAAGGAGAAGCAUUGCUAAAUGGAUCGUUAAAUUAUGGAUUGAUGAAGAAAUUCUAACGUCGAAUGAUCUUGCCCUAAUAGAAAAUCGGGCUAAAAAAAUAAUGGUGCCAACAGACAUCGGCAAGAUCCCGUACAAAAUUGCAAUAGGUGAAGACUACGGGCCAUUGUAUGCAUUUUGGUGCUUCAGUUACGAAAAGAUGAAUGGUUUAUUAGGGUCAUUUAACAGCAGUAAUAGAAGGAUUGAACCUGAACUGCUUAAAAUUAUGCAAUAUUGCGCUCUAUUGGAUGAGCUAUCGUCACAUGCCGAAGGCUAUUUACAAGCUUGUUUACAGUUCAUUGAGCAAAAAACAAUGAACAGCAGUCUUGCCAUUUAUGAUGGAAAUGACUGCCGGGAGUUUCUCUCAAUGUUUGUAAAUAUUGAAGAAAAAUCUGGCACAGGCUUUGAACCAUUCCCGAGUGAAUUAUUAGGACCAAUGAAGGAACGGCAAAAACUUCCAAAAGAAAUAUCGGCAUUGCUAAAGAAGUAUUAUAAUAAUGCAUAUAAUUAUAACUUCGUUUCUUUAGCUAAAAUUAAUAUAGGUAAUUUGGAAGCUAUACUGGUAUUACCCACUAUAACUAUUCAUGGAAGGAUAAAGAUUGGUGACGAAGUUUUUGGGUCUACUUACUCGAAGAGACAGCCAAAAUACUCGCUAAGUUCAUAUUAG